AUGGGAGAGUUCAAGGGUGGCUUUGCUUCUUUCUUGGUUAUUGUAUUUUUUCUUUCAUUUAACAUUUUUCUCUUGGUUCACGGUGUAUUGCCUAUAGUCAGUGAUCAUGGUGAAAAUAUUAGCGAAAUCCAAACCUACAUUGUUCACGUACUGAAGCCAGAGGGCUCAAAUUUCUUAGACGCCGAGGAUUUAGAGAACUGCCAUAAGUCCUUUUUGCCCAACACUACUCUCGAUACAGGCGAGCCACGGAUGCUUUUCUCUUAUAAAGAAGCAAUCAGCGGGUUUGCAGCAAGAUUAACACCUGAAGAAGUGAGAGAUAUGGAGAAGAUGGAUGGAUUUCUUCAUGCAAAUCCGAGCAGGACACUUCACCUCCAAACGACCUAUACUCAUGACUUCCUAAACCUGAGCACUUUAUUUGGAGUUUGGUCCACAAGCAACUCAUUUUACGGCGAGGGGAUCAUCAUCGGAGUGUUGGAUACAGGCAUUCACAUGCCCCAUCCUUCUUUUGAUGACACAGGAAUGCCUCCCCGCCCAGCAGGAUGGAACGCAAGUUGUUAUCUCCGAACACCUUGUAAUGGUAAAGUCAUUGUGGCACAAUCUUUUAAUAUAGCUAAUAGCACCACUCCGCCAAGUGACAUAGAUCAAGGUUACGGCACACAUGUGGCCGGCAUUGCAGCAGGCAACUUUGUGGAUAAUGCGGAGGUCCUCGACCAAGCUCUUGGAAGAGCAGCAGGAACGGUGCCGAAAGCAUUUAUAUCAGUGUACAAGGUGUGUUUUAUAAGUAUAGGUUGCGAAACAACUGGUGUUUUAGCAGAUAUAGAUAAAGCAAUUCAAGAUGGGGUGCACAUCCUUCAAAUGUCCUUCGGGUUAUGA